AAUUUAACUAUUUAAAAAAAAAAUAGUCGUGACGUCAUCUCAUUUACAUGCCGAGUCCUAUUUAAAUAGGAGUCGCGGAAGUGCACAUCACUUUGCUCCCACUACGACGGACGUUAUUUUGUGUAGCUUCGCUUCAACUUGUUACUGCAAGCAUGUCUGACAAACCUGACAUCACCGAAGUCACAACCUUCGAUAAGUCCAAGCUGAGAAAGACCGAGACCAAUGAGAAAAAUCCACUGCCAACCAAAGAAACCAUCGAGCAGGAGAAAGCGGAGUCAUCAUGAAGACCAAACCCUAUGUGCUGCAAGGCUUCCCCCCCAACUGCCACGCCAUCCACUUAACUGCAUCACUAUUUCAGGGCUUCUUCACACACAAAUGGGUUCCUGGUCUUGUUUCUCAUCGCCAGCGGGCGAGGCCACGUAACCACACUUUGAUAUGCCACUCUGGUCUACGUAGAAAUCCUCAAAAGUAAUGUUUUUCUUUUGUAAAUCUUAAAUAUGCAAAAUAAAAAAAACAUUGAAAUGA